ACGAAGAAAAUGUUCCAAAGAAAUAUUUUACUUGGAUUGAUAACGCUAACAGUCGUUGCAUCAACUUACAGUCUGGACAUUAAAACAGUUUUGGAACAACCGUUGCUGGUACCCACUCCUAAGGUUGUGGCCACUUCAUUGGUACUAACGUUCCCACCGGGUGAUGAAGGAACACCGCCACAUUUCCAUCCAGGUCCAGUCGUCGGAUAUGUGAUUAAGGGUUCAUUUUUAUUCCAGGUCGGUACUGAGUCACCUCGCAUAAUAAAAGCUGGAGAAGCGUUCUAUGAAACAGAUGGUAUUACUCAUGUAUGGGGUGCUAACGCUUCCGAUGAUACACCUUGUGAAGUUGUAGUCACUUUAUAUGGUCGACCUGGAGAGCCAAUAUUAACACUGGUGGAUGGUGUAGAACGUGCUAGCCGUGCAGAGGCUCUAGCUUUAGCGGCACCAAAAGUUUAAAAAUUCGUCCAAUUGUUGACUUUUUCUUAGUAAUAAUGAAUUAAAAUGAAUAUCAA